UACGAGGAAUAUCCUGUUUUGGGUAUUUGGUAUCGCUGUUUUGCGGAAGUAAGAAGCAUACUAGCUCAGUCAGAAUCUGUUUAAAGUAGUAUUGAUAUAUUUUUCUCACGAGUUGUUAUAGUAUACACUGUAUCAUUCAAGAAGAUAUAGAGGAAAACAGUUACCAUUAAUGAUACAAUAAACAAAGUAACAUACAUAAAUAUUAUUUUAGGCAUAGAAAUGGCAGCGAUUGCACGAUCAGUACGGCCCGCAGUACGGUUUCUCACCCGGAAUGUGACACCCGUGUACGCCAGAGGAUAUGCGGACAUGGCGUUUACAUUUGCUGCUGGUAAUCAGGUAUUUUAUGACAAUGCAGACGUUAAGCAAGUUGAUGUACCAUCUUUCAGUGGUAGUUUUGGUAUUUUACCAAAACAUGUACCCACCCUUGCUGUUUUGAAGCCUGGAAUUGUGACUGUUUUUGAAAAUGAUGGGACAUCAAAGAAGAUCUUUGUAUCAAGUGGAACUGUUAGCAUUAAUGAAGACUCAUCAGUACAGGUGCUUGCAGAAGAAGCAUGCCCUGUAGAACAGCUGGAUGCUGCAGCUGCACGAGAAGUGUUGAGCAAGGCACAGAGCGAUCUGGCAUCUGCAUCAACUGACGUUGCAAAGGCAGAAGCUGCAAUUGCUGUUGAAGUAGGCGAAGCCCUUGUUAAAGCUGCUGAAUAAAAUUUAUUAGGAAAGUUAUUUGCAUAAACUGUCUCAGAUUGAAAGCAAAAGUGCUUCAACCCUUAUGUAUAUAUUUAGUUGUUCUGUGUUUUCAGUAAAUUAGUAAACUAAUAAUUAUUAUUAAUAAAAAGAUGUGUAACUUGCCUCGUCUA